CUGGAGGAUAGGUGAGUUUUUUAACAUUGUUUUUAAAAAUUGGAAGUUUUGAAUUUUAUGCAAAUAAAACAAAUACCUUUUGCAAUUUCCGAAGUUUAAAACUAACCGUGCGAAUAACACCUAAAUUGCUUUCACAGUCACGGGAAAUAAAUAGCAAGUGGUCGCAAGAAAAUUUCAUUAUAAAAAUUGUAGCAAGCUUGCUAAAAGUUGAUUUUUAUAGCAAUACUUGCUACUUUUCCCCGAGACAUGAUUAGGCGCUGACAAGCGAAUUUGAGGUCAUUAUUUUUAUUAAACAACAGUUUUACCUCAAUGAAAGUUUUAUGAUAAAAUUUUUAAAAUUUCAAUUGAAAUUUGGUUUUAUUUUUGAAUUUCGCCGGAGUAAAUUGCAUUUUAAGUGAAUAACGUGUUCUAGAUGACGUGUUCGAGAAUGCCAAAAAAAAGUUUUGUUCAUACCACUCAUUUAUUUGUUCAAUCGAAAUAGGAAAGGGUGAUUUUCUAAUCAAUUUUUUCUAUCUAAUGUCUAUUCUAUCCAAAAACCAGUGAGAACUGGCAGGAUUUUUGAAGAAAGCAAUGAAGCGGUUAGCAAGGUGUGGUUUUAUCUAUGGGUACUUAUUAGGCAGUAAAUGAAAAUGAGGUUCUGAUCUUACUUGUGGGUGGAAUUUCGCCGAAUAUCCUUAUUUUUCUUGUUUCGCCUUUGUGUGAUAAAUUUUAGCUCGAAAACUUCAUACUCAAGUGUUCCUGUGAUACAAAAUUGUUGUUUGGUGCAUGCUAAACCGUAAAAACAUGUGAUUUAUCGUUUUUUUCAAAAUAAAAACAAUCGAAAAAUAAAAAUAGCAAUAUUUGCUCCAUUGACAAAUAAUUUUUUUCUCUAACCGCCUCUCAAAUUGGGGCUAUGGUAUUUUCGAACACACAUUUUAUUUAAAGUCACCGUUUUUUCUUUUUUUUUCAAUUUUUUUGUUUUUUUUCUAAUAGCUACACUGUCCAAAAGUUUAUGAAAUAAUUUCAACUUACACAUUUUUCUGUGCUUUCCAGAAAAAAAUUUUGAAAAAAAAAUUUGCGUUCACCUGGAAUUGAUCUGGCACAUGCUAUUUGUUGACCAAAGUGCUAACCGACAACGCUAUGGGUGCCUCCAUUUUUCAUUGAAAAAGUUUUCCGUUAUCUCUCAGCUGUAUGAGAGAGACGCAGAGGAAACACACAUAGCUGUAAAUACAGCAACGCGUACCUGUGUCUGCUUCUCUGCCCUCUAACCGCCUGUCAUCUUCUUGAAGAAAAAUGGACCUCAAAAAACAAUUCAAAAAAAAAUUUGGAACCAAAAAAUCUACUUUUGUUUACACGAAUGUCGAGAAAAAAGAAGAAGAGUGAAUGGGCGGCGCGAAAAAAAUCGAUAUUGAUACGGAGACACAACACACAUUGUGUUGCUGCGCAGCGAUUUCAAUGGAGCGCGCGUUGUUCGCUUCGCCCUGUUAAAGCCUGCCAGCUAUUUUGUUUUGAGACUUUCGAAAGUUUCUCUGAAUCUUCGAGGAUUUUUGAUUUUUUAAAUUGUUUUAUCAAGUAUAUUCUGUAAUUUUAAUGUUUUUGUGGCUACGGUAUUUUUGAACACACACUUUAUUUUACGUCACCGUUUUUUCUUUUUUUUCUAACGUAUACGAAAGCUACGAAAGUUUAUAGAAUAAUUUCAACGUAUAUACGUGGUACCUAGUUUAUGGAAAAAAUUUUCUGGGCGCAUACCACGCCCAGCUCCGUGCGAAAAAAAAAAAUAAAAAUUGGCGGGGUGGUUUCUGAAGGAUUUUUGGCGUGGUGAAAACAACGUAUUUUUUCAAAAAAUUCUUAAAAAACGGCCCAAACAUUAAAAUUUUGGAAAAAAUUAUUGGCGCCGUGCAUUUGUAAACCUUGGGCGUGGUAUGUCUGGGCGUUUCCAGGAAAAAAUCCCUUGAAGGUUUUACUACUUACGGGGAUCCUUUAACGCUGCGACAAAGUUUUUUUUGUGGUCUUACCCCCCCCCCCCCUCUUUUAUGCAUCGUCCAAAGUGAAAAAAAAUGCGAAAAAUCAAAAAAAAACGUCCAAACUGACGCAUUUUUUUUCGCAGAAAUCGCAUUUUUUCGAGCACUUUUUUCGCGUUUUCUGGUGUUUUUCGAGCAAAAAUGGACAGAAAUUGAAAGAAUUUAUCUGAAAUGGUGUUUUUAUUGAUACUGGAGGAAAAAUCAACGGUGAAACAUGAAAAAAAAACGAUUUUGAAAAUUUCAAAUUUUUUCGACUUUUUCGACAUUUUUUCGACAAACUCAUUUUUCAUGUUUCACCGCUGAUUUUUCCUCCAGUAUCAAUAAAAACACCAUUUCAGACAAAUUCUUUCAAUUUCUGUCCAUUUUGGCUCGAAAAACACCAGAAAACGCGAAAAAAGUGCUCGAAAAAAUGCGAUUUCUGCGAAAAAAAAUGCGUCAGUUUGGACGUUUUUUUUGAUUUUUCGCAUUUUUUUCACUUUGGACGAUGCAUUAAGGUGUCCGCUGAUCAAUCGUGAGUUCAUUAACAUUUUCGAAACCCUGAGUCAGACGUGCAUAAAUACGGGCAACCAGCUGAUUGUAGCUAUUUUGUUCGCGAGAUGCGGAGAGUGCAGAGAAAUAUCUUUUUUUUUGUUGCAAACAGUUUUUCCUCUGACCGAUGAAGAAAAACGGCUGCCUAUUAUGAAUCAUUUGUGUUAUCUAGGGUUUGUAUGAGUGUCUGCGUUUCUUCUCGGUGAGAGAGAAAAGAGAACGUCGCUCAUGUUAUUCUUCUUUUCCCAUUCAUUUCUCUCAGUUUUCUAUCUAGAUUUUUCGUUUCAUUUAAAAAAGAUAGUUUUUAUAUUUUUUUUUUAUAGAAGCAUGGAUUUGAUUGAAGACAUUGAAAAUGCUCCGGGAAUUAAAGAGGAAAUACUUUGGUUUGAUGAAAAUGAAGAAAAUAAUUGGAAGACUCGAAGCUUGAAUGAACCGAAUUUUGUUGAAUAUAUGGAAGAAAUUGAUGAUUUUUUGAGCGCCGAAACUAUUGGAAAGGAAAUUAAAAAGGAACCGAAUUAUUAUGAUGCUGAGAAAAAAUGCACGAUUUGGGAUCAUGUUGGAGAUAUGGAUUCGGUUUGUAAAAAUCAAGAUAUCCCAGAGGAAGUUAAACCAUCUACUAAAAAAGAAUCUAAAAGAAAACCAAGAACUUCGAAAUCUAACAUUAUGAAAAUGUCGGAAAAGCAAAAGCUCGAAAAAAAGAAACUGGGAGCUAGAGAGUGUACAAAUCGGUGUUAUGCUAAAAAGAAAUCAAAGCUCCAAGAAAUCACUGAGAAUGUGGAGAAACUUCGGGAAAAUGUGAAAAAGAAGAAGAUCGAUAUAAUGAAUAUUGAGAUGAAUUUGCAUCACUCUGUUGUUAUGAUUCGAGAUUGGUUUGGAAUUGAGAUGCUAGUGGUUUCGAGAGAUUUGGACACGUAUAAAAUGAAAUAUGAGCAAUGUUUGGGGAAAAUAAUGAACGAUGAAAAUGUUAUCAAAUUGGAAAGAGAGAUGACAAAUGCUGAAACUGUGUAUUUUAACGCUGAGGCUGAUUUGGAGCAGAAAAGAGUGAGUUAUUUUCAUGUGACGUGGCAUAGCUCCGAAAAUUCACCAAUAUCAAAAAAGUCCUCUUGACCCCCUGGAAAUCCGGAGACCUCAAGAAGCCCAGUAAAUGGUCUCCAAGAUCAUCAAAAAAGCCCUGAAGCCUUCUAUUUUUCCAGAAAAACCAGAAUACCUACGGCUCCAUCAAAUGCCGUGCCAAGACCAAAAAAGAGCAGGCUCAAAACUCGUGGUCACUCAAAAAACUCGAAUUGGUAAGCUCAACUUUCCCUGCUUGGUUUCAACUCAUUUCUUUAUUUUAACUCGAUUUUUUUUCAGGAAUUCGAAGCUAUCUGUGAAUAUCUGCACAACCUGGAAAUUGUCAAAAAUCAAGUUUCCCCGAAUUUUUUGGAGGUUCGAAAUUCGAUGAAUUUGAAUGAGAUGUACAAUUUGGAUUCGGCAACUCGAGAGAUUUUUGAGGAUUUGUUGACUUUUUAUAAUUUACCGAACCCUGCUCCCAUUUAA